CUGUAGCUGAUGAUAGUUUUAUAUAUAAUGCUGCUGAUCAAUGCCCACAGUCUUUGUUUGGUACACCUCAAAAUGUCUCGGCAGCUCUCAGGAUGUGGUGUGUACAGGAUAUGAAUAGUUCCACAAUCGCAGUUACUCAAUCUGGACGGUCAAGUUCACAGCAGUCUAUCAGACAUGCUAGUAUGGAAGCUUAAGUCUGAACUCUUAGUAUUAUAGAAGAUAAACAUGAAGAAGGCUGCCACACCAGCAUAACCAGUUGGUGACGGGGAUAUACAGUACACAUAAGGUGCCAUGGCAACACAAAGGCUUGCCACGCCUCGUAUUAACCACAGCAAAGAGGAGGAGAUCACUCAGGGAGGAACACAAACCAAAACACAGAGAAAAGUAGAAGAGGAGAGGAAAAGAAGCGCUGGUCAACGGGGCAACAACAACAAAGGGGUCAAAAAAGAUGAUGAACAGAUUGUCAAGGAGUCAAAGGGCAGAGUGUCACCAUGGCAAUGGAAAGGGAAGGGUACCACAGGGAAUAGGAAUGGUCAGCAACUUGUGGCUAAAACAGGUGUCAAAGAAACACCUGGAAAUCAUCAUCCUCUUCCUCAUCCUCCUCCUCAUCAUCAUAUUGAGCUCACACUGCAGGUGAGAGAAGGCGGAGGAGACGCUACAGCCUCAGCACAGGCAUCAGGGACCACAGGAGGAGGUCGUAGAACACCAGUAAAGGUCAGAGGAGGAGGAGGAGGAGGAGGAGGAGGAGGAGGAGGAGGAGGAGGGGUAAGAUGGGUAGGAGAUGGGAAGAAGAGCAGUGUGCCGGAGCCACUCACCAUCAACCCCCGGCGUCCAGAGACAAAAAUAGGACACGGAAAGCAGGCCACAGUACUAGUCGAUAAAGACCGUCCCACUGCCAUUAAGGUCCCAGGAAGAGGAGGGGAGGAUGCCCUGGGACUGGAUGUGAAAGACUACCUUUACCUGCUGAAAUUGCUGCGCAUCAACCUUCCAGAAGGGGUUCUCAAUACGGAGGUAAUUGACAUGUUGAGAACACAGACGUGCAUUGCUGACGCCUGCUCCAUCACCACUGAGCUGGAGAACUUUAGUCUCCAGUUCACCAUGACUCCUCGACUGGGCUGCAGGGAGGUGAAGAGAGCCUUGGCCCUGAAGACCAAAGCGGAUGUUCUGGAGCUCACAAAACUCAUCUUCUUCGAGACCUCGAAAAAAGAAGACAGGGGAACACUGAUGGACACUUGGAAAAAGAACUCACUGUACACAGGCAAAGGGUUCAGAAUGAAGGACAGGUACCAAAACACGCCCAUCUCCACCCCUGCCAUGUACUCCACGGCCAUCACUCGCAGUUUACGUUCUGCAGGGCACAAGGACAAAAAGGCCAAGGUGACUGACGGUGUGAGGGUGAAUGUGAAAGACGUGGAAAACAUGGACUACAAAGACGAGUCUCUUCUCCACAAACCUGGCGGAAAUCACUUUGGCAUGUUCCACCAGAACAAAACAGAUGAGUUGGAAUGCUUAAAAUUCUUUCACGAACUGGGAGAGAUCGGCCCCUCGGACCAAGUGAGGGUACGGUACUCCAAAGGCAACAAGGUGGACUUUGGCUUUCUCUCGGGGAGACUAGACUUCCUGGCACACGUUCAGAGAGUCGGUGCGAGAAAAAGCAGUGAUGUGGAGAGGCUUGUGAUCGAGUGCAAGGGCACCAUGGGAGACAUGGUGGGAAAGCUCUUCAUCAAGAGCGAAGAAGAAGGGGAUCGUGCACAACUCGUCAAAACACACGAGUACUGCUAUCAGACGCAGGCCUACAUGUAUAUCUUGAACCAAGAGGCCAGGCUGCUGAAACCCCAGCCUGUCUCAAACAGGGCUGUGAUGGUGAUCAGGCAUUACCAUGGCGAUGGCGCUAAGCAACAGGACUUCUACUGGAACUACAUCCCAAAAGAUGAUACCAUCCAGGGAGAUAUUAGUGACUUAGUGAUCUACUGUCAGAGGGAAGUGUUGGCCUGUUUCCUGGCAGUGCUAGACCUCAUCUUUCAGAGGGAAACAACCGUGUCUAGCUAACAACAGGGUUAAGCGCAGGUUAGCUAAGGAUGACAACCCCAACAUUUUCUAAGUGUCUGUGAAGAUUCUCAUUCAUCCAGGUCAUGUUAUUCAAAAUGCCUUAGUUGCAAGCAGCCAGAGCUGAUUGAGUGUUUUGGUCCAGUUGCUUGUAACUGUAAUUGCUUGUAGCUUAACUGUAUUGGAGAACAUUUUCAAAUAUUCGCUAAGCAGCAAUAUGCUUUUUUUUCUCCCUCUACUGUUGUCUGUAAAUCAAUGUGUUCAAAAACUGAAUGCUAUGUGCUGUAUGUGUA